AUGAAGUGUGCUCGUAUUUUUGCCUUUCUUAUUGUAUCGGCACUUGCGGCCUGUGUUUGUGGAGAAGAGGAGUUUCCCAUCCCGUCUCCUCCUCCUCCUUCGUCUCCUAUAGAAGACAGUAGGCCUGAAUUUAAGCCUACAGAAAUAGAGGCACCUUUUCUGGAACAAUUCACAGAUGAUUGGUCAACUCGUUGGUCAGCAAGUGAGGCUACUAAAGUAAAUACCGAUGGUGGAGAAACAUUUAGUUAUGUUGGCAAGUGGGAAGUUGAAGAACCAACGGUUUACCGUGGUAUAAGGGGUGAUAAAGGUUUAGUUGUUAAAACAGCUGCAGCCCAUCACGCUAUAUCGGCUCGUUUAAAAACACCUUUGGAUAACACAAACAAGGCAUUGGUAGUCCAAUACGAAGUCAAACUUCAAAAUGGACUUGAGUGUGGUGGAGCUUAUCUAAAACUUUUAACCGAAUCUGAUAAAGGGAUUCAAGCUGUCGAAUUUUCGGAUAAGACACCUUACACAAUUAUGUUUGGACCUGAUCGAUGCGGAAGCACGAAUAAAGUUCAUUUUAUCGUUCGACACAAGAAUCCAUUGACUGGUGACUACGAAGAAAAACAUUUGGAUAGUGCUCCUUCAGCAAAAAUAUCAAAAAUCAGUACUUUAUAUACAUUAAUCGUGAAUCCUGACAACACAUUCGAAAUUAAAAUUAAUAACGAAACAACAAAGUCUGAUUCAAAGCCAACAGAUUGGGUUGAUAAUCCAAAGAUUCCUGAUCCAGCUGCCAAAAAGCCCGAUGAUUGGGAUGAGGAUGCACCAGUAGAAAUUUUGGAUGAAGAAGCUCAAAAACCGGAAGGAUGGCUUGAUGAUGAACCCUUGAAUGUUCCUGAUCCAGAGGCAAAAAAACCCGAAGAUUGGGAUGAUGAGGAGGACGGUGAUUGGGUUCCACCAAGUAUUUCUAAUCCAAAAUGUGAAGAUGCACCUGGAUGUGGUGAAUGGAAACGUCCCAUGAAACGAAAUCCUAACUAUAAGGGAAAAUGGUAUCCAACGGAAAUAGAUAAUCCAGAAUAUAAAGGUCCAUGGAAACCAAGAAAGAUUCCUAACCCUGAUUUCUAUGAAGAUUUGACGCCUUCCAAUUUUGAAAAAAUUGGUGCUGUUGGAUUUGAACUUUGGACCAUGCAAAGCGAUAUAUUAUUUGAUAAUAUAUAUAUCGGUCAUUCUGUGGAAGAUGCUCAAAAGUUUGCAGAAGAAACUUGGAAGACUCCUAUUUCAUUAUGGGAAGAUCCUGUUAAGUUCCUCCAACAACAUAUUAACGAAUUUCUUGCUAUUUUCUUUGAAGAUCCUUUGGAAGCAAUUAAGACAAAACCAGAAGUGGCAGGUGGUUUAGCAACUGUGGCAAUAAUUUUCUUUUCACUUCUUGGAUUACUGUUUGGAUUAAUAGCUCCCUCGAAAAAGGUUUCCGCAUCACAUAAAAAAACUGAUGCUCGAACACCUGAUGAUAAAGGUGCCGAUAAGGGUACAUCUGUGAAGAAGGAUGAUGGUAGCGAAGGUGAUAAUGAAUUAGAACCAAAUCCAGUUACCAACCGAGGGAAAAAACAAAGAAGAGACGAUUAA